GAAAAAGUAUCACGACUUAUUUGGCGCCUAAAUAAUUUAUAUGUUAUUAAUUAGACGGUACUAUUCAUAAUUAGUCAAUUACAGUUACAUCUGAUGUCUUCAAGCCGUAAGACUUAUAGUGUGUAUGGAAUCACAUCCAUUGUGGCAAUUUCAGGGAUGUUGCUAGGGAUUGAAAGUGCUUCUUUAUCAAAUGUUUUAAACUCGCAAUCAUUUGAAGACUACUUUACACCACUUACCAUGUGGGAAAUGAUAAUGGUCGAAUCAGGGAAUGCUAUUGUGGGUUGUGUUCUUAGUGGUGCAUUGUAUGAUAAUAUAGGUUGCAUCUUUACUUUUCAAUUAGCAGGAAUUUUGUGGAUUGCUGGCACUAUCGUUGUGGUUUUUCUGCCUUAUAUUCCAUUAAUUGUACUUGGAAGAUGUUUGAAAGGUGCUUCUCUUGGAUUCAUUUCAACUGGUAUUCCCGUAUAUAUAUCUGAAACCAUACCUUCAAAGCUGAAAGGACGGUCAAUGUCAAUGGUUCAACUUAGCCUGGGUAUUGGUGGUUUGGUGAUGUAUUUCUGUAACUACUAUUGCCAAAGAUACUACAGUAGUGUAUUUUUCAAAUACUCUUGGGCAUAUGAAGGAAUUCCUUCUGUAUUUUUAUUUAUUGCAUGUUUCUUUUUACCAGAGUCUCCCAAAUGGUUGGCCUACAAAUCGAGGUGGUCAGAGGCUGCAAAAAGUUUGAACAAAAUAAGAAACUACAAUGGUUUGGAACAUAUAUACGAUGAAAAACUUGACGAAAAGGAUUAUGUUCUAAGAGCCUACACGGCUGGACCAGAGAUAAGAAAUUGUACUUACGGUCAUAUAUUUGGCAAGAAGUAUUGGAAGCAUACUUUUAUUGGUAUAAUAACUCAGGUAUUAGUUCUGUUAACUGCCAUGGGAAUUUUGUCAAAUUAUUUUAUUUAUGUUUGUGAAGUCUGUGGUGUUCCUGCUCAAGAUGUACAACUUUUCAUGUCCUCUCAAUAUAUUAUAAUUAUUGUAUUCACCCUUUUUCCAAUAUUCUUACUUGAUGAUUGCAGGAGAAAAGAUUGUUUGGUUUUUGGUUUCUUUAUCCUUGGGAUAGCAAAUUUGACUAUUUUUAUUGUGGCAAAAGUAUUUGGAGAACCAGUUGAAGAAACUGUUAUUUUCUCUCCAUUUGAUUUUGAUUUAUUUGAAGUACCAGCUUCUUUUUUCCUAGCUGUAUUCCUUUUUCUAUAUGCUAUAUAUGCUGCAACUAUUGUUUCAACAAGUUGGCUUUAUAUUGGGGAAAUAUUUCCAGUAAUGGCUAGAGCAAAGGGCUCUGCCGUUUGUAUGUGUGCAGCAUGGAUUACAAAUGCCAAUUUGGCUUUAUUUCACCCUAUAAUAAUGGAAUAUGUUGGAAUUUGGAUAUUUAUGUUCACUGCAUUAAGUUGUAUUGGCGGGAGUUUAAUUUUUCUGACAUUUCCAGAAACCAGAGACUUGAAUGAAAUAGGGAUUGAAUCAAUAUUUAUGGAUAAAAUUGAACAAAUUCAAGAUGUCCCAGAUAUGGACUUUCUUGUUUCAAAAGCCAUAAAUGAUGGUAUGAAGCAGAGUAAAGAUUUGGAUUAUCAUCAUCAAAACCAUCUGCGAGUAAUUCCAAAAGAAGACCUGAAUGAUGAAGAUGGUGACGAUAGGUCAAUUGAUCAUGUUAUAGAAGUUGAAAGAGAAUUACAUGACGAUGAAGAUGUUAGUGAUUUUAUAGGAGAUGCGUCAGAAGAUGAAAUUGAAGAUGGUGGAGAUGGUGAUGGAGAAGAUAAUGAACCUCUUACAGGUGGUACUCCAAUAGGAGAACCUUGUUUGAUACAAUUGAGAGAUUCAUUAAGUCUGACCUCUUUAUUCACUAAAGAUAGUAAAGAAGAAAAUGAAUUCAAAAUUGAUGGUAGUAACAGUCCUGCUUCAGAAACAGCAGUAACUGCUGCUUUAGAAACAGAUUAUCGACCACCAGCUAUUCUUCGUCCUGUUUAUCAUCGUUCCCAACGAAAUAAUGAUGGAGAAAAAUAUAAAGGAGUUAGUGAGUUUAUAAAUGAGUAUAAUGUUAAUACUGCGGAUAACACAUCUUUAGAAGAAUCAUAUUAUUCCAGUGAUUGGUUUGAAAAUGUUCCUCCUAAGAUUUCAAAAAGAAAUAAUCAUAAACGAUUAAAAGUUAGUCCAGAUUCAGGAAAUUUAUUUUUUCAUGGUAAUAGAGAAGGAUCUCCAAAAAAGGCUGGUAUAACUUAUGAACCAACAGCAUUUUUGAAUUAUGAUACUCUUCAAAAGAAUCAUAAAACACUGGUAGUUGAUGAAUCUUCUGAUAAUAAUGAUUCAAUUCCUGCCAUCGAUAAAUUAAAUUUCUCCAAGCCUAGUUUUAGAAUUAAUUAAACUAUGAUGGUUAUAAUAUGUUAUAAUUUUAUAAUUAAUAAAUGUAUAUAUAUAUAAUAUUUAACAUAACAUUCAAAAUUCAAUUCGAGGUUAUACAGAAAUCCCUUAAUAAUUUUUGGAUGCAAAAAAUAUAUGUGCCUUC